AUGGCUGGCGGUCGAGGUACCGUCUUUGUCGGCAAGGCCGCCUUCAAGACGGCCACACCUCAAUUGAUGAUGAUCUGUAUCGUCUAUUCUCUUGGUAGUGUCUUCUUCGGAUAUGAUAGCGCCUCCUUCGGCGGUGUUCAAGCCUUCUCGCCUUUCAUCAGAGAGUUUGGCUCGUACAAUGCGACGACCAAGAAGUACGCCCUCCCCGCGCCCACGACUUCUCUGAUGAACAGUCUGCCGCUCCUUGGCAAGUUCCUUGGUACCAUCGUCGUCGGCCCUCUGACCGAGAGGUUUGGCCAUCGCUAUACCAUGGCCCUGACCUGCCUCAUCCAGAUCAUUGGCGCCGUCAUCCAGGUGACCAGCCAUGUUGCUCCUCAGUUUAUUGUGGGACGUCUCCUUGUCUACCUUGCCGUUGGUCUCGUCGAGAAUGUCGUCCCAACUUACCAGUCCGAGAUCGCGCCUGCUGCCCUCCGUGGGUUCUUUGUCGGCUCCAUCCAGCUCUGUCUGACCUUUGGCUCUUUGAUUGCCGGCAUCGUCAACAACGUAAUGGCCAAGAGAACCGACAGCACCGGCUGGCAGAUUGCCACAUCGAUUCAGGUUGUUCCCCCUAUUCUCAUCCUCCUCAGCCUCUACUGGACGCCGGACUCGCCCAGGUGGCUUGUCUUCAAGGACCGCAGUGACGACGCCCUGAAGGUCCUACGCAGGGUCCGCCGCCGGCAAGACGUGGAGGCCGGUGUCUGCGAGCUGGAGAUCGCUGCCAUGCGUGAGGAUGCCGGCGCUACCACUGUCAAGGGCCCCUGGAAGGAUCUCAUCAAGGGCAACAACCGCCGCCGGACAAACAUUGCCUGCUCCAUCAUGAGUCUGCAGCAGCUUACCGGCGUGACCUUCUCCAGCUCGUACGGCCCUACUUUCUACAAGUCUGUCGGCCUUGGCAACAUGGCUUUCGCCUACGCGGCCAUCAACAACGGUGUCUCGGUGGUCACUGCCCUUAUCGCCAUGGUCAUCCUCGAUCUCUUUGGGCGUCGCAGCGUUACGCUACAUGGUUGCUGGACGCAGGGGGUUUUCCUGCUGCUGAUUGGCGUGCUCGGGUCCAAGGCCAACCCCUCCACGAGCGACACGGGCGGCAUGGUUGCGUCGUUCAUCAUCUACGCCGCUAUCCUGCACGCUUCAUUGGGGCCCGCUGCGUACAUCACUGCCGCCGAGGUCGGAACCGGGGCGCUUCGGGAGAAGACCAUGGCUGUGUCGACUGCUGUCAAUGUCAUUGUCAGCUUCGUCGUUGUCUUCACAACGCCAUACCUCCUCAAAGACCUCGGCGCGAAGCUCGCCUACCUGUGGAUGGCCUUUUCCUUCGCCGGUUCCGUGUGGGUAUGGUUCUCUAUGCCUGAGCUCAAGGGCCGUAACCUAGAGGAGGUCGACCAGCUGUUUGAGGCCAAUAUCCCGGCGUGGAAAUUUACCGACUACGAAACUACUGGUCUCACCCACGACGUUUCGGCCAUGGAGCAGGGCAUAUCUCCCAGCAAGAUCGCCGGGACGGUCGAGCUAGAGGAGAUCGGCCCUCAGCAGCAGGAGACCCAGCCGAAGAAUUGA